AUGUACACUCUUCUUGUGUGUGCUGAUCUUUAUGGGGAAAAGUGUAAUUUGGAGUUAAAUUUCGCAUCUAUGCCGACACUUGCGGAAUUGCAGCGAAAGAUUCUGUUAGUUUUUUCAGCGGAGUCAAAUUUAAGGCAUUCACAGGGAGGACUCCCUACGGUAGAUUUCACUAUUGCUCGAAUUCAGAUUUACGAUGAUGUUCUCUUAAAGUGGGUGGAUUUAAUUUCCCCUACACAACUACAUGAGUAUGAUCAACUGUACGUUUUCCAGCCCCAAACAUCAUGGCAUACGGAUGUACAGAAAGAUCUUCCACCGCCGUGCCCACCAUCGCAGAGUCGUGCCGCAUCUGCAGUGCAAUCUAUGGUAAAUUCCCCUCAUAAAGGUAUGGGAUAUGUACAACAAGUAAAUUCCUAUCGACAUGAUAAUUCUGCUGGAUCAAUAAACAGUAGUAUGGCAACAUCACCUACAAAGAUGCGUCUGGAAGAGCAGAAACGGCGUGAACGUGCACUUCAGGAGGAAUUGGCACGUGUUCAUGAAGAGUCUGAGCGACUGGAGCGUGAGGCUGCUAUGGAAGAAGAACAAAUGCGUGCUCGUGAACAGGAGCAGAUGACCCGAAUUCUACGUCAAAAAGAAGAAGAAGUUCGUCGUCAACGUGAGUCAUUAAUGCGUUCAGAAGAGGAGUUCCGUCGUCUUCAGGCUGAGAAACGCAGUUUCACUUUUACUAACAGUUUUUAG